AUGGUGAUGUUCAAGAAGGUGAAGACCUUCGUGGUGGCUUUCAGCGAGCCCGAGAAGGUUUAUUGCAGCGGGGAGAAAGUGGCCGGGCGAGUGUUGGUGGAAGUGGCCGAAGUGACCCGAGUCAACGCCGUCAAGGUGUUGGCAUGCGGGGUGGCCAAAGUCAACUGGGUGAAGGGACCUCAGCAGUGCAAGCAGGAGAUGGAGUAUCUGCGCUUCGAGGAUGUCCUCAGCCUGGAGGAGCAGCCCACGGAUGGGGAUGGCUCCGUGAUCCUGAGACCCGGCAACAAGUACGAGUACAAAUUCGGAUUCGAGCUUCCCCAGGGGCCUCUGGGCACCACCUUCAAGGGGAAGUAUGGCUGCGUGGAUUACUGGGUGAAAGCCUUCCUGGAGCGCCCAUCCUUCCCCACCCAGGAGAUCAAGAAACGCUUCGAGGUGAUGUCCCCCGUGGCUGCCAAGAAGGAGAAGAAGGUGUCCUGCAUGUUCAUUCCUGACGGACGGGUGUCAGUCAGCGCCCAGAUCGACAGGAAGGGCUUUUGUGAAGGUGAUGAGAUCUGCAUCAACGCUGACUUUGAGAACACCUGCUCCCGCAUCGUGGUGCCCAAGGCGGCCAUCGUGGCCAAGCACACCUACCUGGCCAACGGCCAGACCAAGGUCUUCACCCAAAAACUCUCCUGCGUCCGGGGCAACCACAUCAUCUCGGGCACCUCCGAGUCCUGGCGGGGCAAAACCAUCCGGGUGAAGAAGCUCAAACCCUCCAUCCUGGGCUGCAACAUCCUGCGCGUGGAGUACUUCCUGCAG